AUGACGGUGACAAAGCUUAGACAUUACAACUUCGGUGUCGAGAUCGAAGCUGUGGUGAAGCCUUACGGUCCUGUGGAAAGCUUUACCAACGUUGACUGGUACCGCCAACUCGCCCAGAAACUACGCAACCGCGACAUUGCCGCAGUACACGAUGACUGUUCAAAGUACAGCAAGCAUCCGGAGUACUAUGGCGGCAAAUGGUUCGUCACCAGAGAUGGUUCUCUCAAGAGAGAGCGUCCCAUGGUCUGCAUGGAAGUCGUCUCUCCCCGUCUAGAUACCAAACAGCCUGUCAGCAGAAUCCUUGGUGAUUUCUGGGAAGCUAUGCGAGUACACUUCAGCCCUCAGCGCGACAUCUCAUGCGGUGGCCACGUCCAUGUUACUCCGGUCUCUAGCCAUAACAAGUUCUCCUUGCGCAGUCUAAAAAAGAUUGCCUUUGCCUCGGCCGUCUACGAGGAGUUUGUUGCAGCUGUUCUUCCGAGAGUUCGUCGUGAGAACCAGUACUGUCGUCCAAAUAGCCAAAGCACGGGUUCUGGACUUCACGAAACGCUGAUGGCAUAUGGGAGGAGCAAAAACACUCUCAUGAAAGUAGCAGCAGAUAUCAAGUCCAAGACAUCAGAAAGAGACUUGUGCUACUACAUGCAGGGCAAUAGAUACGUGCUCUGGAACUUCGCCAACAUUUUCCCCAAUCCCAAGACCGGAAAAUGCACUGGCACGGUCGAGUUCCGUGGUGGUAACCAAUUCCUGAGCACCAAUGGAACACUUGCCUGGGUCGCAUUUGUUAUGGGCUUCAUCACGCUGGCUUUGGAAGAGGAUCUUAUCAACACACUUACCACGUUUACUUCAUCCCAUGAUCCCAAAUUCCAAGCACGUCUUGAAAGCUGGUGGAAGCGAAUUCGCCAAGCAGCCAAGGCAUCAAAACUUAGCCGAUUUCUCCCUGAAGAGUACAUCGCCAUGAAUACCCGAUGA